GUUUCCCCCAAAAAUAUUCUUGAUUACUUUUGAAUAGCGCGCGUUAGCAGACGGACGAAAAUGAACAUAUAUGUACGUAUAUAAGAAUUCGCACAAAUAUGCGGCCGAGCGAACUUUACCCGUGACGUUUUCGAUUCGUAAACCCUCUUCGCGUUCCUUUAAAAUAGCCGCGUUUUUGUUGGAGCUCGCACAGUAUUUUCCAAGGCGGCCAAGUGCUAGAAACUCCGCUAGUAAUUGCGGUUGUGUAACCGUUAGUAACUGCCAUAUCAAAGGAAUUGACGUCGUUGGCACACACCCGGAAAUAAUUAUCAAUUACACACUCUCCUAAAAAUAAACCAAAAAUCAAAACAGAGCACAAAAGAUGCCCGAUGUAAAGUUCCUGUCCGUGCUGCCAACCACCGCGAGUGCUUCGAACCGGGUGACGAAAGUGUCCAUUAGCGGCACCUUGCUCCAGAAUCCCCAGCAAUUCUCGGUGAACUUUGUCAACAGCCCGGAUUGCACGGACAACAUUACAUACCACUUCAAGGUGGUGAUUCCCACCAAGACGAUAAUCGAGAACUACAAGCGAAAUGGCGAGUGGAGCAGCUUGCACCAAGAACAGCACCUGGACAUCUUUAAUGGUACAGGAGAUAGUGCUAAGAAUCCAACAUUGACACAGAGCAUCACCCUUAUUAUGAACGAGAUUGACCAGGCUCUCCAACUUUCAUCCACAGAGACUACGUUUAGCCUUGAGUUUGCCUUCAACUACGAUGAUUCCAAAAUGCUGGUCUACCAUGGCAGGGACGCGGGCUUCAAUUUCAUUACCCAGUACGAAACCCUCUUCUCACUGUCCGACAUCCAAGCGGUGCAGGUGUGGGGCGAUGUGCAGAAGGUCAGCCAGUUCGGUCUGACCUACGACUGAUAGGGAGGUAGCCCACUAUCCCCAGGUAGCCGCUCAUUCCGCUUAUUUGAAUGCAUCUUCCAUCUGAGUUCGGUGGCGGUCCACUCGUAGACCUAUGUAAUAAUGCACGGCCUUACUUUUCGCACUAUUUAUCGACUUAAUUUGUUGGGUUUGGCACCGCAUUAGCAUUUUGUUUGCCUCAUUUUCCGCUCUUUAUCCUUAAAGGCUUUGAAUCCCGCCACUACAUCCCAAGUAGAACUAAAAAUUCGUCACAAUUAAAUAGGCUUUUGAGCCUCUUAGAAAAAGGACCCCUAAAACCCUUCUCAGUUAUAUCAUUAAGUAUUUUGUGAUGUUAUUGCAUCCGUUACAUGAAUUCCCGCUUGUAGUUUUAGCAUUUGUUCUUUGUUAAAUGUUAUUGGGCCAAAGAAGUUCUUGUAUCAUACACGUUGAAUGUCUCUGCUUGCUGAAGUCUUCCACUUAAAUUUGGACUAUGUAGUUUUAAGCUCCUCUGCGUAAUGCUCUCACAAAUCACGCCAAGUAUUAUUUAUUACCAAGAAUUAAAUGCCUAAACACAAAAAAUUCAUUGGAAUUG